GCUCGAAAGUAGACCGUAUUUCAAUAGUACAAAAUAUUAGUUCAAAUGACAAGUGUCUUCUGUCACAUUGGUUGUUCAGACAUCUGCGAUCGCGAAUGUUGAUGUCUUGGUGAAAAGAAAUAAAUUGUAAACCCACGUAAAGUUGAAUAAUAUUCGUAAUAAAAGCGCGCACGUGCUGCCGUAUGCUGUUGGAGAGACUAGUUUUAUGUGCGAGUGUUUUUUAAUUCUCCAAAAUGGAAGACGUAGAAAUUGAAAACGAUCAAAAACGAACCAAGAGCCGCAGCCCAUCUCCAGGUAUCAAAUCAACCGCAGUGGUGAAGUACACUGCGUUCCAGAGCCCUGUGGGCUAUGCCCGGCUGCAAUGUAACACUGAUCUCAACAUGCCACCGUCCAACUGGAGCGCGGCUAUAGACUCAUACGGAAUGAAGCAGAUCCUGGCUGGUAGUCCUGGCUUCUCUAGCUUUAGGAUGGCUCAAAUGUUCCCGGACUGUGUGGGAGACGUUGAUGUGAUAUCAGGUGCGGAGUGCAUCAAGAAACUGCUCAAGUUGCCCUACCAGCCUAAUGGAACUGUGAGCAUGAUGGUGCACCGUGUGGAGAAUACGUUACUCCUCGACGACUUCGACGUGUACGACUACCUCAUGAAGUCGGAGUGGUCCUGGCUCAAGGACUUCUUCUACGAGAACAUAUUGAAAACCAUGUCGGAACAGGAGCGUAUGGGCCUGACGCUGGCGCCGGCGCCGAGCUCGGCCCUGCAGCUGACGCGCGCGUUCCUGUCGCACAGCGUGGCCGCGCGCCCGCCGCCGCAGCCGCUGCCGCCGCUCACCAGCGCCAUGUGUCUGCCAGGGAAACGUCCAUUCCUCCCGGAACCGGAAACUCGUACCGAGGAGCCUCCAGACGAGCACCUCUACAACCGCAACGUUCUCUGGACAUUCGAGGACAUCCAAAUGCUCAUCGGAAGCGACCUGCCGAUCUUCGGCGACAAGGACCGGCCCUGCGUCAGUCUGCGCCUAAGGGACGCGAGGGAACCGAUCAAUGUCCUCACAGGCAUCGACUACUGGCUAGACAACCUCAUGUGCAACGUCCCUGAAGUCUUAAUGUGCUACCAUCUAGAUGGCAUAGUCCAAAAAUAUGAACCGAUGAAAACAGAAGACCUUCCCAAUAUGGAAAACUCAAAAUUCUCCCCAAAAGUCAUAAGGAAUGUUGCCCAAAAUAUACUAUCCUUCCUCAAAUCCAAUGCUACGAAAGCUGGCCACACUUAUUGGUUAUUUAAAGGGCCACAAGACGACGUCGUCAAACUAUACGACUUGACAUCCCUAUGCCCUGAUAAUUUAGACAAUCCCUUCACGACUCCUGUUGCUAUGCUGCUAUACAGAGUGGCCAGGAACAUGAUAGUGACGAACAGGUCGAGACAUAUCAAGCAGCUGUUGGAACAUGUCAUAGAAUUGUUGAAAGUGGAGAUGUACCCUCAUAUAGUGGCGUCCUCUCAUUAUAUGUUGGCUGAUCUGUAUGUACCAGCUACUACCAAUCCUGCUAACCCUGAUUUUAAAGAAGAAACCUCGGACUGCGAUUGCGAAGACACAGAUUACGUAGCGGACUACCCUCCCGACACGGAGGAUAUCUGCGAGGACAAGACAGUUGACGUAAAGGAGAGGGCCAAGAGCGAGGGAAACUCUCUGGCUGUUCAGAUGCAGGGGCUGGAUCUGCGGGAUAUAGGAGAUAGGGUGUAUAAGGAUACCAGAGGGGAGAGAAAGCACGCGUCUUGUACUAGCAGUACCCUGGGCUCGCAGCCUCCCGACCGCUGCGGGCGGGCGCUCUCACACGCUCUCAAGGGACUGCUAGCGCUGCAUCAUGUUACUAUCAUGAAGUCUAAGGAAGAAGAACGCGACCGAAUAAAACAACAAAUCAUAAACGAGGAACAACAUCCCAAAAUGGCGAAUCCAUUAGAACCGAUCAAAAUGAAUUACGAACCAAUCACUAAGAAGGUCGAAAACAAAGAGCACACCUCUCGCAGCCGCAGACGAAAACGCGAGCGAAAGACCAGCGAGAAAUCCGGAAACUGCCUCAUAGAGUCCACAUCGACCAUAGACAAAAACGCCAUACAAGUGCUCAAAGAGAAAAAAGUCUACCCAACAUGGCACGAACCGAAUCGAGACGACAAAUUCGCUUGGAAACUCCACCUCAAAACUCUAUUAUAUGAGAAGAUUUGUCUUUGCUACGCGACCUUAGCAGAAUACAGUUACAGCAACGAGCAAUACGGUUUCUCAUUAAAAUACAUAGACAUGGCGAGUAAAUGCCAGAAGUUAUUAUCUAAUAUGAUUAUUAAAAGCAAAGUUGUUGAUGUGGUGUGUUUGAUGGGCCGUGUGGGAGAUAAUUACUUUCAAAUGAGCAAGAAGUGGCAUCGAUUGGAGCAGUUUAAAAAGCAGUUUGAGACAGACCAUGAUAUUGAUAGCAGGAUUAAAGUGGAGUUGGAAAGUGAUAUGGCUGAGGAAGUGGAGAAUGUUGGUGCUAAUGAGUUUGAUCUGAACAUCUCUCUCCCCCCGAGCGAGCUGGAGGCCAUGCUGUGGUCGUGCGCGUGGUACCGGCGCGCGGCGGCGGCGCCCAACGCCAAGCGCGCCGAGCUGCUGCGCCGCCUCGCCUCCGUCGGGAACGAGCUCGCCGUCCGGCACAUGCACGACGCGCAGCAAAUAUACGCUAAAUACGAUAGCGAGCCGGACAAAAAGGAUCCCAAAGCGAAGCUCCUUCUGAAACAGUUCACGGCGACCUCUCGCAAGUCGCUGGAGUGUCUGGACGAAGCCACCGAGAUCUUCCAACAAGUCAACGACACUCCGAACCUCGCGCUGUUGUACUGUAACAAGGGGAGGUAUAUGCGGUUCAGGGCGCAUUGCUCGCCGGGAGGAUUUACUACGGAGAAGCGGCGCCUGUACAGCUCGGCGGAGCAGCUGUACGCGGCGGCGCUGGCGCUGCUGGGCCCGCGCGAGGCGUGCGGCGCGCGCGCCGUGUGGGAGCUGGUGGCCUGGGAGCUGUCCUGCCACGUGUACACGCGCGCCGUGCUGUUGCAGGACCACGCCGACCUGCACUGUGAGGUGUCAGAAGUAGCGGAUGCUCUGAAGCACGCCCUAAAGUCGUGUCUGCUGAGUCCUGGCCCGCGCCAGUAUCUGUACCAGUUCAGAGCCGCCAUGAUAUACCACAGACUAGGGUCGCUCUACCAUUCACAAUACAGAAUAACACAAGAAGACGGUCCGAAACGUCGUACAUUACUGAACGCCACUCGUACGAACUACGAGCAGGCAUCGAACAUGUUCGCGAGCUUGGAGGACCCCGGCAUGUUCCUCACUGUGCAGCUGGAGCAUGUGGCCGUGCUCGAGACACAGGCGGCAGUGACUCCGAACCUCAAACUGAAAUCCCUCCAGUCAGCUGUCCAACUCCUGCGUCAGUGCCACUCGAUCAUGACAGUGUUAAAAGAAAAAGACCCUGACGAACAAAAAGAACAGACGAAAAUCGACGAAAAUGACGAGAAAAUCAUAAAAACAGAACAUAGUCUACUCUCGUUAUACGAGAACCGACUCCAUUUUAUACUGAAAAGUAUAAUACAGUAUUGCAGAUCGAAAUCCAAUAAGGAUUAUGAGAAGAUCACUGAUUUACACAAGAAAUUGUACUGCGCUAGUCUUAAGAUUAAAAAGGAUGGUGAUAUAAGGUUGUAUGCGGCGAGUGUGUGUGAUGUACUGGUGGAUAUGGAUGCUAUCAGCAAGGAGUUUGAAUAGAUAACUUGUUAUUUACUAUCUGGGGUUCAAGGACGAGAGUUUAUUUGGGUAGCGACAGUGUUGAAAUGUAUUUUAGUGAUACAAUGGUUUGCUUAGGCGUGUUUAUCGCUCGCCCGACUAGUUUCGACGAAAUUAGACCCAGCCGCGUCGGCCAGUUUAGGAUUCCGGUUGGAUCCGAAAUUAGUCGCGCGAUCCCGAUAAAUACUUAUGAGUAAUCCAGUGUCUUAUUUAAGUUAAAAUCAUGGUCACAAAAGUUCCUAUAUAAAGUGUAAAGAAGGUAUUAUGCUUUACAAUAUACCUAUAUAGGCGCGUAUUCUUGAGUCGACUAAAUAUUACUUCUAAUGCCUUCAAGAAUCGCAGCCGUGCAACAAGUAAAAAAAGACAGCCUUUGUCUAUAUGGCGGCUUGUUUCUCGAUACACUAUUUCUAUUGAAUUAAGCGCUCGCCCUUUUGCCCAACCAACUAUUAGGUUCGACUGUUGUCCUUGUGAGAAAGGGACUCGCUUCCAAACUGACAACUUUUAAGAGACGGAAGGUGUGUUGCUUAAGGAGUAAACUAAAAUUAUGUCAUAUUUUUUGGCUUUAUGGAAGUAGGGUUGGACGUUGUGGAUUGUACCCACUUUAUAAUGCUUUUUUCUAGAUUUUUUGAGUUUUGACUAUUUGUUAAAUUAAUACAAAAAUAAUGGAUGUAUCUUGGUCCGAAUUGUGUUAAAGACUUCUUAAACUCAAAUCUGCCGUUGGCCGUUGCCGGUUGGUUGCGAAUUUACAUGAAAAAAUGACAGAUUUUUUGUCAGAAAUAUUUUAGUUGUUAAGAUAGGCUUUUCUAAAUGUUUUAUGACUAAUUUAACAUUUUAUCAUAAAGCUUUAGAUAUUGUUUACUGUACUUACGAGUAUCGACAUUUUGCGUUUGCGAAAAAAUGCAAUUAAUAGACAAAAUAUAUGUAAAAGUAUGUGCAAA